AUGGUGGUCGUAACCAUGACUGACUCCAUAACGCUCUUCUUAACAGUCCAUGUGCUGCUUAUGUACCUAACAGAGCAGGCGUACCUCCCGCUUGCGGUGGCUGCCUCGCCGGUUCUUGCCGUCCUGGGGGUACCCGGCCAAGUCGCUUCGCGUGCGGAGCAAGCCGUUGAUAUCGAGCGUCAACUCCAGUCCACGUACACGUCGUACACUUUCGAAGGCUGCUAUGUCGACCAGAGAAACCGGGCCCUGGAUGACUUCUUCCGGUCGGAUAAGAUGACACCAGAGCUUUGCUUCGGGUAUUGCGGCCAAAAUGGCUACACCUACAUGGGCCUGCAAUAUGGAAACGAAUGCUAUUGUGGGAGUCUGGGGGACGAAGAAAAGCACGUGCAAUACGGACCUGGAGAUUGCAACUUCCUCUGCGCCGGCGACGACAGCUUCAAUUGUGGGAUGUGGGCGUUCGAUCUCUAUGCCUUUGAGACCGAUUCGUCCGUGGCCAUAGAAGUGGACGACGAUGGCGACGGCUGGACGCCUAGAGAUGGGAGCUCAGAUGAAGACGAUUUUUCGGCUGUUUCUUCGACUGUUGCCCGUGCUGACGCUCCGACGGCUGCUCCUUCGGCUUCUCCGGUGACUGCUUCUACGGCUGCUCCAGUGACUGCUCAUACUCCUCCGACUGAUGCUUCCGGGGAUGAUACGGAUGACGAUACCAACGGAGACGACACGACUGACGAUGAUGCAGCUGACUCUGAUGAAGACGACGAUGCUGACGAUGUUUAUGACGACAAUGCUGACCCUGUUGAAGACGAUGAUGCUGACGUUGUUGAUGACGACGACGCGGACGUUGGUGAAGACGACGACGCUGACGUUGUUGAAGACGACGAUGCUGACGCUGUUGAUGACGACGAUGCUGAUGUUGUUGCAGACGACGAUUCGACCGAAGGUGUGGAUGACGAUUCGACCGAAGGUGUGGAUGACGAUUCGACCGAAGGUGUGGAUGACGAUUCGACCGAAGGUGUGGAUGACGAUUCUACCGAAGGUGUGGAUGACGAUUCUUCCGAGGGUAUGGACGACGACGACGCUGACAAGGCUGUGGACGACGAUGAGGAGAGUGUUGAGGCAGAAGACGAUUCAUCCUCGGGCGACGGUGAAUGCAACCCCAACCCUUGCCUCAACGAAGGCUCGUGUGAGGUGGACCCUAACGGAGGUUACUCGUGCUCCUGUUCCAGCAGCUAUGGAGGAAUGAACUGCGAAACUGACACCACAGGGCUACCGGAGUUUUUCAUUACCUUGGAAUUCGACGGCACGUGGGACGGGGCUUUGGACGCCACACGGAAGGACAUUUUCCAAACCGCGGCCAAGAGGUGGGAAAAAGUCGUGACGCACAUUCCGUGCACAGGGACCCACCCGGAAGGCGCUACCGGAGAGCUUAUCAUCAGUGUCACCCAGCACGAAAUCGAUGGUUCUGGGGGACAGUUCGCUCUAGGCGGGCCGAGCGACGUCUAUGGUGACUGCCCAGGUGUCAGCUACAUGGGAGUAAUGAUAUUCGACUCGGACGACAUCGAUGACCUGGAGGACGACGGCAUUUUGGAAGGUCUAGUCGUUCAUGAGAUCGGUCACGUCAUUGGCGUCGGGUAA